AUGACGACAACAAACAAUCUCCCUUCAACUCGGCCAGCUCCCGCUCGGGCUCGCAGCUCUUCGCUUUCUGUUGUUCUUGAUGCGCUCUUGCACAGAGAUCAAGUGGCACCAGAGCCUGUGGCGGCCCCCACCUAUCGACGAUCAUUUGCCGCCCCUCGCAAAUCGUCGCUCAAAUCGUUACCGACUGGCUUCGAGCCACAUCUGCCCGUCACGACCUGGCUCGAUGUUCCACCAGUCUUCGACGACCAAGUAUCUGCUUCUCCGGUGCUACAAUCUAGUUCUGGCGCUCAUGAAUUGAAUCUUUCUUUGUCUUCAACUUUGCCGGAGGACUCUGAUGCGGCUACUGGCCCAGAACCACAGGACGAUCCAACAACGAUCUCUACUCGGAUCACGUCUUUCAAAAGUUCCAUAAUCGUCAUGCUCGUCCGAACUAAGCUCCGGAUCCGCCGCCGGUCGCGGCCCGCUCUUACCCGCGACCACGCCCACCCAUAUCCGAAUUGCCCGAGACGGCUUGUCCCGGAUUUCUCGCAACCAGGAUACUCUCUGCUGCCGGCGAUUGCAUGUGUGGAAGAAGAAUAUGAUUCGGACAACGACCAACGUGGCAUCGUUCGCUUCAUCCUGCCAGAUGAGAACCCAGUUCUCCAGUCCCCUGAUCACCUGGAGGAGCCCAACACAUCAGCUAGUUUGGCGUAA